AUGCACCUGUGGCCGCGCUCAACGCGGGCCCCUCCAAGACACUUUGUGCGCGACGCGCCCACCGCGGAGUCCCGCGAGCAAGCAGGGCACCUCGAGGACACCGACCGCGGGCGCGCGCGUGGCCAAGGUCGGGACCGGCCUCCAACGGAGGUGUCUCCUUCCCUAGUGCCUGUGGCUGUUCCUGACCAUCCAGUUAACCCUUUCCACAUGUCUGGAGACGUGGAUUUCUUCUUGCUCAGAGACCAGGAGCGGAAUAAGGCUCGCUCAGAGAGGGAGCAGAAGAAAACCAUGCGCGUGCACGAGAAGAUGACGUACGCCUCCAAGGCGUCGUCCAAGAGCACGAGCCUGCGGCGUGAGCUGCAGCUGGAGGAUGACGCUGACCAGCGCGAGAUACUCACCGAGGCCCAGCAGCUGCAAACCUUCCAUGACAACACGGCCUGGAAACUCUCUAUCACCAAAGAAAGGAGAGGGGAGUUGGAUAGCAUGAGCAAGUACAUCAAGCAGAAGCGGCAGAUGUUCCUCAUCCAGUAUUCCCUGGAGAUGAAGCGGAACGAGAUCCAGCGGCUAGAGAUGCUGGCAGCCAGGGAGGAGGCCAGGCUGGACCGGGCCGAGGAGUCCCUGGAGAAGGAUGUGGCCCUGUUUGACGAAUUCCUCAGGGAGAAUGACCGCAGCUCAGUUCAGGCCAUGAGAACGGCUGAGAAGGAGACCAAAGCGAAGAUAGAGAAGGUCUGUGAGAUCCGGGACCUCACCACCCAGAUCAUGAACAUCAAAAGCGAAAUCUCCAAGUUUGAAGACACUCUGCAGCAUUACAAGGUCUACAAGGAUUUCCUGUACAAACUGUCACCCAAGGAGUGGUUUGAGGAGCAGGAGAAGAAGCAGGCUCUCAAAAAGGCCAAGGAGACAGCUGAAGCCCCCAAGGAGACCAACCUGCCCUCCACAACAGGGAACAAAGGAACGGGAAGCAGGAAUAAGACUGUCUCCCCAUGGGCCAAAGAGGGGCAGACCUCAAGGAAGGCUCCGAAGCUGCUCCAGGGGACCCGGCUGGGGCCGACCCUGUCGAGCAGCAGCAGCCUCCAGCCAAGCAGCCAGUUCAGUGUGCCCAGCGGGCUGGAGUCCAAAGGGUCAAGUUUCCUCCUGGGGCAGGAGGACCCGGACAGCGACAGUGAGGAGCUGGAGCUGUACUUCACCGAGCCCCAGCAGCUCCUGGAGGUCUUCAACCAGCUGGAGGAGCAGAACCUCUCCCUGAUCCAGAACACGCAGGAGAUGGAGGAGACUCUGGAGGAGCUGAACUUUACCCUGAAGAACACCCAGAUCCGCAUGGACCGGGAGGUCAACCAGCUAAAGCAGUGGAUCAGCACGAUGAUGAUGUCCAUCGCCAAGGAGGAGGAGACAGCCGCCGAACUGGAGCUCAAAUCCAGAGUCUUCCACUUCGGAGAAUACCAUGGCGCUCAGCAGGACAAGCUGCUGGAGAGCCUGAACUGCAAGGUGCUGGACGUGUACCGGCACUGCAUUGGCACCCAGCAGGAGGCCAACUUGGGCACAGUACAGAUGCUGACCGUCAUCGAGCACCAGCUGGACGAGCUGCUUGAGAGCCUGGAGCGGGUGCCCCAGUCCAAGAUCGAACAGGCUGAGAAGGCCAAGGAGAAGGAGCGCCGCAUAAGGCUGCGGGAAGAAAAGGCCAUGAUACAGAAGCAGCUCCAGGAAGAGCGUCUGCAGCGAGCCCGUGCCCGGGCCCAGGCUGAGAUCAAGAAGAAAAAAGGCAGAAAACUGGUGUGCCGCUCCCAGCCCCCAAUUCUCAAAACGAAGAUGGCGCCCAGCCACACGCUUAUGGAUAAGGACAAGGAAGAGCAGCUCUUCUUCUUCACCUAACUGUCUUGGAGCCACCUGGGGAGUGUGGCUGACAGUGCACGAAAGAAGCCAGCAGUGGGAGCAGAGCCUGGACAGGGCUCAUGCCAGGCCCUGGGCAUUCCA